AUGGCGGAGGGUCGUGGCUUUCCUGACAUGUUGGGUAGCAUUGACUACAUGCAUUGGCAAUGGAAAAAUUGUCCAAAGGCGUGGAAAGGUAUGUACAUGAGUGGUUAUCGUGGGGUUGCAACCAUAGUACUUGAGGUUGUAGCAUCUUCAGACCUUUGGAUAUGGCAUGCGUUCUUUGGAGUUUUUGGUUCAAAUAACGAUAUUAACGUGUUAGAUCGUUCUCCAGUGUUUGAUGAUAUUCUAAAUGACCGUGCUCCGGAGGUAAAUUAUACUAUUAAUGGUAAUGAUUAUACUAUGGGAUACUAUUUAGCAGAUGGUAUUUAUCCUGAAUGGGCCACAUUUGUCAAAUCAAUCUCAAAGCCACAAGGGGAGAAACGCAAGUUAUUUGCACAAUACCAAGAAGGACAAAGAAAAGAUGUGGAGCGAGCAUUCGGAGUGUUGUAA